GGUUUGGGGUCCAAGCUUCUGAACUUAAUAUUCAAGAAGCUUUGAAUUUUUUUUGAUAAGGUGAAAACGCCCCUUUUUUCAGUGACUUUUAUCUGAACAAGUUUCUGAGGAUAAAGAAGGCAGUUUACAGAAGGAAAGUGUUCUGUCUUACAGAGAAUAUUUUGCGGAUGUCCACUGGAGUUAAACUCUGAAAUAUCAUUUUCUUGAUCAUUUUUAUAACCAUUUAGAAUAAGAACAAAGAAGAAUGGAUGGAGAGAAUUGCUCCUCCUUGACUGAAUUCCGCCUCGUGGGAAUUACUAAUAACCCUGAGAUGAAAGUGACCGUAUUCACCUUGUUUCUGGUGGUUUAUCUCAUUAUUCUUGUGGCAAAUCUUGGAAUGAUCUUUUUAAUAAGAAUGGACUCCCAGUUUCAAACACCAAUGUACUUUUUCCUCAGCCACCUCUCCUUCUGUGACCUGAGCUAUUCCACAGCAGUUGGACCCAAGAUGCUGGUGGACCUCUUAGCCAAAGACAAAACAAUUUUUUUCUAUGGCUGUGCUCUGCAGUUCUUCAUAUUUUGUAUCUUUACAGAUUCCGAGUGUCUCCUGCUGGCAGUGAUGGCCUUUGAUAGGUACAAGGCCAUUAGCAACCCCUUGCUCUAUAUAGUCAACAUGUCCAGCAGGGUGUGCUCCAUGUUUGUGGUUGGUAUUUAUCUGGUGGGCAUAGUGGACGCUUUGAUACAUACCACGUUAACUUUCUGCUUAUGUUUCUGUGGGUCAAACGAAGUUAACCAUUUCUUCUGUGAUGUUCCUCCACUUCUGUUGCUAUCUUGUUCAGAUAAACAGGUCAAUGAGUUAGUGAUAUUCACUGUUUUUGGCUUCAUUGAACUGAGUACCCUUUCAGGGGUUUUAGUCUCUUACUGUUACAUCACCCUCUCAGUCUUAAAGAUCCGCUCUGCUCGGGGAAAGUUCAAAGCUUUCUCCACCUGCACUUCUCACUUAACUGCUGUUACAAUGUUCCAGGGAACUAUGCUCUUUAUGUAUUUCCGGCCAAGUUCUGCCUACUCUCUAGAUCAAGACAAAAUGAUCUCAUUGUUUUAUACCCUUAUUAUUCCCAUGUUAAACCCCUUAGUAUACAGCCUAAGGAAUAAAGAUGUGAAAGAAGCUCUAGCAAAACUAAAAAAAACAAAUGCUGUUUUAAAUAGUUACACACAUAAGAAGUAG